UAGGUCUUGCAACCGACUUAAGAAAAAAAAAGAAGAAAAAAAUUGACAGUACAUGCCCAUCAGCAUGUCAGGCCAAGACGAGAGUGCCCUGAUUGAGAGAGUGUUCCUCCGUAUCGGAUCUGCGGAAACAGAUGAACAGUUCCAGACAGCACUGGGAAAAUUCCUGUCUCCAGUGAUACUAAAACUUAACAGCUCAGAUGAAUCUGUUAGAAAGAAGGUGAUGGAACUCUUGGUCCACAUCAAUAAGCGAUUAAAGAGUCGUCCAAAUGUACAACUUCCAGUAGAUACUCUUAUCACACAGUUCCAGGAUCCCUCAGCCUCCUCAAUUAUAACGAACUUUUCCAUCAUCUACAUUAAGAUGGGAUUUCCUCGCCUGGACAAGGAGAAGCAAGCCACUCUUGUUCCACUUCUGAUUAACUGUCUGAAGGGCAAGCCACAAUCACAGAGAGACAGCCUCUUGCAGCUUUUGAUACCAGCUAUGCAGUACAUUAAAUUCCCAAGUGAUGCCAAACAGCGCCAGGCUGUAUAUGGCCUGACGGAUCAACACCAGACAUCAGGUGUAUUACUGGAUUAUAUGAUGGAUCUUCUCCUCCUACCAUACAGUGCCCAUGUGGCAGCCAUUCAAAACAGGCCCUCAUCGGCCCAGCCUGAUGCGACGCCCCCACCCACAGCACCAGUUACCCCUACCCCACCAGGCCUCAGUGAAUACUCCUUCAGAAGAGUGGCCGGAGACAAUGCACUCACACCUGAAGCACUUGAAAAGGCAAAGAUUGGGGUGCUCAAGUUUCUGGGGGCAGGCAUUCUGGCAGAGGAAGAUGUUAUCUGUCACUACAUUGUAGCAGCUGCUGACACACGACACAGUGUUGCAACAGCAGCUGAUAUGGAACUGAAAAGAAUAUUAGGGAGUAUAGACUGGAAUAAUCAGGCCAUUAUAAAGCAACUGUUCAGUGUAUUCCAGGGGACAGUGGAUAUCAAGGGCAAGACAGAAACAAAGCCUGAAUUAAAAAGAAAACCAGUGUGUACUCGCAUACGUCUGAAAAUAUUCCCUUACUUCCUGAAAUCAAGAGAAGCUUGCAACACAUUUCCAUCCUGCAUCCAGGUGACAUUUGACUGUUUGUAUGGACAGACAACUAAUUCUAAACUGAAACUGAUGGCAACCCAAUUUGUACACCACCUUUGCCUACACUGUGCUGAUAACAAAUUUGCGCCAAUAGGCCCAGUACUGCUGUCUGGGAUGGUUAAACUUGUAGGGGAAGCUAAGGAGGAUGCCAAGUUACGAGGUCUGGCUUAUGUAGCUGCUGGAAAGAUUGUGAGGCGGUCUCCACAGAUUGUUAGCAAGGAUAUAGGCAUUGUCCAGAAGUUUUUUGAUGCCAUGUGUCAGGAGGAUGCAGAAACACGACUAUCAGUACAAGAAGCAUUGUCUCUGAUGUCAGAGGCUUUCCAUGACAUCAGUGGUACUAAUGCAACACUCAUGGAGGCACUAGUAAUGCAGAAUAUUGACAAGGAACAGCCCCAAGCUCGUCUAGUUGCAGUACAGUAUGCCAAGGCUGUGUUUCCUACCGACCACAUGCCAUCAAGAUAUGUUCUCUUAUUGGCCAGUGGUGACAAUAAGGAAGAUGUACGCACAGAAGCUAUGAAGGCACUAAAAUCUAAACAAACAACAGAGAAAGUCCCUUCUAAAUCCUCAGCUAAAGAGGAACUACCGAAGAUGCCAAAGUUCUCCAGUGCCAUGAUGUAUAUCAAACAAAAGGCUGACCAAAGAGUGUUGACUCAGCAUAAAGUGACGGCAGGGAACCAUGUGAUGGCCUUCAACUCCAUAGCUUAUGAACAGAUGGUACUGUACCUGAGGUCCUGUUUGGCUUGUGAAGCUGGUGUUAUCCCCAAUACUGAUUCCUUAAGUGACAUGCAAGACCAAGCUCCUGCUAUAUCCAAAUUCCUGUUGGGGAUGCUGAAUUCUGACUCGCUACAGACAUACAUUGACUUCAUCAAACACCUACUCACAGUUGUUGGAGGAACAUCCAGUAUGUACUGUCUGUUAGAACUUGUGUCCAUGGCACCUGGUAAACUUUCCUCACAAUUCAUGAAGAACCUGGACUGGAUAAAGCGCUACAUUUUCUCUAGUAAGGAUGAACUGAAGACAUAUGCCAGCCAGCUCCAUGCCACAGUCCUUUGUCAUCAAGCGGACAAGACCAAGAUUAGUGAUGCCAUCUUAGAAUUAUCUGACAAAAUUUCUAGCAAAAGUUUUGAAGUACAGCAGGGGUCAAUCAUCGCCCUGGGUUACCUGAUUGGUCAAUAUCUGAGGAUGAACUCCAAUGGUAUGGAGACUGACAGUAGUGUGGAUGCCAAGCUCUCAGCUGCCAUGGGUACUGCUGUACAUAAUAUAGUAAAACUUCUGAAGCCAACAGAUGAGGUCCCCGAUCCUUUAUUACCUUCUAUAUGUCUGGCCAUUGGGGAGAUUGGCAGGAACUCAGCACUGCUGCUGCCAUCUGGUGCAGAAGGAGAUGGUCAGGAAAAGAUAACCAAGCUUUCUUUGAUUAAAGUACUAUUAAAAAUGGUCACAUCAGGAAAGGAGACCAAUAAGACAAAAGAAAAAGCAGCACUCUGUCUAGGCUACAUAUGUGUGGGUGAAGAAGAAUUUCCUUAUCGUAGGAAAGUCAUCGAGCAAAUGAUGGAAGCUGCUCAGGCUAAACAGAUAGAGUUGAAUAUGACAAUUGGGGACGCAUUGGUAUUCAGUGCCCAGGGUAUCACUUCGGCUGCAGCCAGAAAUGUGUGGACAGAGACAGUUGAGGAAUUCAAUAGCCGGACUAGUAAGAGUGUGAAUGAGGUGGCAUGGUACAUGGAUCUGCUACUCAACAAGUACAUUGUCAAUGUCAACCCACACCUGCGACAGGCUGCUUGUAUAUGGCUGCUGGCAUUAGUAAAGAGCUGCAACAUGCAUGAGGCACUUCAGUCAAAUCUUCUGGAGAUCCAGAGAGCAUUCAUGAAGAUGUUGUCAGAAAAUGAUGAUGUAACUCAGGACAUAGCAUCUAAAGGUCUUGGUCUGGUGUAUGAGGUUUGCUCCUCCAAACAGAAGGACCAGCUUGUGGCUGAAUUGGUUGACACUCUAAUGACAGGCAAGCGAGCAAAACAAGAAGUAACAGGUGAAAGCAAGAUCUUUGAACAAGGAUCCAUUGGAAAAACUCCCGAUGGUGGAAGUCUGUCAACAUAUAAAGAGCUUUGUUCUAUGGCCAAUGAUCUCAACCAACCUGACCUGAUCUACAAGUUCAUGCACUUGGCCAAUCACAAUGCUAUGUGGAACUCUAAAAAGGGAGCAGCUUUUGGAUUUAGCACCAUAGCUGCCCAGGCUGGUGAACAGUUAGCACCAUACUUACACAAGUUGGUGCCCAGACUUUACAGAUACCAGUUUGAUCCUAACCCAAAGAUUCAGCUGGCCAUGAGUAGUAUCUGGCAGGCUGUUGUACAAGAUAACAAUAACACAGUAGAAAAGUACAUGAAAGAAAUUGCAAAAGACUUAAUAAAGAAUCUUACCAACACUCAGUGGAGAAUAAGAGAAUCAAGUUGUCUGGCGGUGAGUGACUUAUUGCGAGGACGCCCUGUAGAUGACAUUGUAGAUCUGUUACCUGACUUGUGGGAGAACUGUCUUCGGGUCAGAGAUGACAUCAAGGAGUCUGUUCGGAAUGCAGCAGAUGUGGCUUGUAGAAGUCUUAGUCGUGUAUCUAUUAAAAUAUGUGAUGUCAACUACGGCAAGGUAGGAGAGCAGGCGACUAAAGCAGUACUUCCUUGUUUAUUGAAAAACAGCAUUCAGAGUUCGGUGUCAGAAGUCAGGGCAAUAGGGUUGUCUACCAUACUGAAAAUUAGUAAGAAUGCAGGAUCCCUGUUGAAGCCACACAUUCCUAUUCUGGUCACAGCCUUGCUGGAGGCAGUCAGUGGUUUGGAGCCUCAGGUCCUUAACUACUACAGUCUCCGUGUCUCCGACAGUCAGGCAGCACAAGAUCAGUUGGACAGUGCAAGAAUAGCUGCAUCUAAGAUGUCCCCCAUGAUGGAAACAGUCAACUUGUGUGUCCAGUAUGUAGAUGAAGAAGUGCUGACAGAAUUAGUUCCUCGUAUUACAGAUCUCAUUAAAAGUGGAAUCGGCAUUGGCACAAAGGCCGGAUGUUCCAGCUUUGUAAUCUCACUUGUGCAUCACUGUCCCAAAGAUCUCUCACCACAUGCAGGUAACUAUAAAAUGUGUAGUGAAACGGCGUUCCUCUUUUUACAAUACACAUAUUCAUGCCUACAGUACAUUCCAUGCUCCUAUAUUGAUCGCUUGCACAUACAGAUGAAACAAAUUUAUUUUACAUGCCUUUCCUUGACAGAGGAGUCAGCAAGAUUGGCAUGUGGAUUAACACUUCAUUCCAUGAGCCAACACAGUCCAGAUAUUUUAAAAAGACACGCCACUCUGGCCAUGCCACUUGCUUUUUUUGCAAUGCAUGAACAGAAGCCUGAGGAACAAAAAUCCAAGAAUCCAGAGGACAGUCUGUCUAUCUGGGAUGAAGUGUGGCUGGAGGUCACACCAGGUACAGAGGCUGGAAUUCGUCUUUACAUCCAGGAAAUUGUCCAGAUCCUUAGAGAGAGCAUUGAGUCCCAGUCCUGGAACACCAAGGCACAAGCAGCACUCUCCAUGGCAACAGUUGCCUCUAAACUGCAGGCCCAAUUAGGCCCACCUCACCUAGGCAACCUGCUGUCAGCUCUUCUGAUUGGUCUACAGGGCAAGACAUGGACAGGAAAGGAGGCACUAUUACAAGCUGUUAAAACAGUGUGUACCUCAUGCAAAAAAUCUAUAGAGAAUUCGGACACAGAAGGUCAACCCUCAAUUUCACAGGUUGUAGAGGCUGUAAUGAAGGAAUGUAGGAAGGAGAGACUGGCCUACAAGCUAGAAGCCCUACAGUGUAUGGGUAGUAUACUGGAGGAGUACAAACUAGACCACUUCAAGGAUAUGUGGGAUAUUCUAUCCCCAACCCUUCUCAAGAAAGACAAAGAAGACAAGGAAGAGGACGAUGACGAGAUCAAACCUGAACAGAAACAAAAUCAAUUGUUGUGUUAUUAUGAUGUUCUAGGGCAAGCCUGGCCUUACUCACAGUCUACUCAAGAUGAAUACUCACAAAGAUUCCAUGAACUACUGUGUUCUUCCCUUCCAAGAAACACCUGGAAGAUCCAGACCAGCUUACUGAAAACCACACACAAGUUUCUUGACAGACACUGCUGUUUCUGUGCCAAGCGUGUAUCGGAGCAUCCUGAGCAGUGUAAACCUUUGUUAGAGAGAACACUGGAGGUGGUCAUUCCAUGUAUGGAAAAUCUGAAAUACACUGUGAUACGAACAGAGGCGCUGAAUGUGAUAAAACUUAUUGUUAACAGACUUAAAGAAAGCAGUAAUUUAAGAAUAUUGUCAAAUGCGAUUGAACAACAAAUAACAGAGUGUCUGACAGUCACAGCUAAAGGAGAAGUCAAUCCAGAGCUGAAGGAUAGUGCCAAGGAACUGCUCAAAUCAGUACAGGGAUCCACCUCCUGAUCUAAGCUCCCUAUGCAUUGAUUUAACAUAUCUUUCCCUAUAGAUGUCAGAAACAAUUGACUGAUCAAUGACCAAGUCAUGUUCAGUUGAACUUCGCAAUUAUCUGUGUCAAGUUUUGUGUACUCAGUAAUCAGCCAUAUCUAGUUUCAUCAACACAAUAUAAUCUAAGUUUCUCAAUGAAAGCUUGAGAAGAUUAUUUCUUUAAACAUUAUUAAAAGAUUACAACAUCUAUAAAGUGAUUUCAUUUCUCACAAAAAAUAUAUCUUGGACUUGUUACAAUUUUUACUUGAAGUGCUGAACAUCUUUUUCCUUGUUGCCAUGAUCUUUCCCAUGUAAUGUUGUUUAUGAAUCAUGUUUUGUACAUGGAAUACCUUUUUGAAGUGCUACACUCUGUUGGUAGAAUUCACUUUGUUUAUUGAGGAAAUUUGCUACCUUAGGAAAUGUUUUCUAGAGAAUAAGUUUCCUGUCUACAGUAUAAGUACUGAUUGAAUAUAUGAACUCCUUACUAACGUUAUCCUGUGAUACAAAACAGUGAUAGAAAACAGUGACUAUUUGUGCUCUUGUCUUUGUGAUGCUUGAUUUGACAGUUUCAAGUAGGAAGUCUCUGUUAAAACAGGUGAUAAACAUUGUUCUUGAUAUGAUAAGCAAAGAAAUGGUAGUUUUGUAGAAAAGUUUCCACAUUUAUUAAAUCAGCCAGAGAAUUUCUACACCUUAAAGUAAUAUGAAUCAUUAGAAUAGAGAAUGUCAUCCAUGCAAAAUGUAACAGUUUACACUUCACUGUAAUCACUGAAUCUGCCCCAACGAAUGAAUUGAAAGGAACUUCAUCUGAACAAGAUGAAGAAUGAUUGUGUUAAUGGUAAUAUACAGUUUCUUUAGAUUACAAAUAAGCAAAAUUUUGCUUAAAAAUGCAAGAAAUAAAAGAUAAGUAAAAAUAAUAUGAUGCACAGAAUUCUUGUGUUGUUGAAGAAGUGUUUUAGCAUACAGUUAGACGAUCUAUUUGUUUCUGUAUUUACUGAGUAAAACUGAUAUUAUUACUGGUUUAUUUGAAUAAAAGAUCUCAAAAGGUAAUUAUUUUCAUAUAGUUGUGUUUGUUUUGAGCAACAUUAGGGUAAUUGUUGUGUUGGAUAGAAGAUUCACACCAAUACUUCUGUAUUUCUUUUCUCAGUAACAAGAAAGUACUAGUUGUUUGACAAGUACUGUUACCUGUCAGAAAAGAAAAUAUGCAUAACCUGGUAUUCUGGAAAUCUUAACUGGAUAUCAAUGUUUUGAAAAGAACUUGUGACCGGAAUGGUCGAAAUGUUUAGGAUUAGCAACUUUGGCGUGUUUAGGAUAACAGUAGUUCUAAUUUUGUUUGGAUCAAUCAUGUCAUAUAAAUAACUUUUUUUUCACUGACUGGUUGAAAUUGAUAUCCAGACACAUUUUACACGAGCAUUUGUUACAACUGUUGUUUUCUUCCUCACUAAUGGAAGUAAAUAUCAAUUACAAAUGUUUGAACAAUUAUUUAUAUUGCAAUCAAUUAAUGACUGUCACAUCAAGUAGAGAUAAUUUCACAUUUUUCAUUUUGAAUUGAUGUUUAUUUGAUACUAUAAAGUUUCAUUACCCGGAAUUAAAAAAGUUAAAAAUACAAGACUGCAGUAUGU